AUAUUAUAACCGUGUGGCAACCGUGAUUACCGUGCUUCCUGCGACAGCAUAUCUUUCUCACUUAGUGGGUCCAUAACUUUAAUUGAACGUACGCUGAUGAUAGUGAGAGCGUGUCCGGGGGGCUGUCCUCGGCCCCCCCUUCCCGCACCCCCAGAAAACACACACACGGUGGACACAAAGCUACAGGUCUGCUCUAAAUCAGGGUUGCACUCCUCUCAGAGGACUUCUCCACCAAGCAUUUAUUAUAGUCGCAUUUAGUUUCCAAUUAUUAUUUUUUUACCUUAAAAAUAUGAGAGAGGCAGGACCUGACCUCAUAUCUGGCUACGGACGUGGUUGAGUGAAAACAAGUAUACAUAAUUACAUGAAUAAUAACAAAACAAGCUGCCGACUGCAAAGUCUAACUUAAUUAAACAUAAAAUCAAUAAAAAACCCAUACUUGAGGUAUUCUCCAGUUGGUGAGAUUAGGUUGAAGAAAAAAACCGACAACUCACUUCUCAUGCUUUUUGCAAAACAGCAUCGCAGAUAUCUGAGAUCUAUGAUCUAUUAUAUCACAGUCAACUCAUUGCCACCCACAGUCUUUUAAAAGUAAUUUCCUAGUUGGAUCUGCACCCACUGUUAGAGGUUAUGUGGCCCUAAAUGACAGAACAGAAAGUUGUGGGUGGUAGUGUAAUGUAUGAUAUGAAAGUAGACUAAAGAAUUUGAAAGUUAAUACAACCAACGCAGCGCGCUGUCUUGCAUGUGGUCUCUGAAUAUAAUUGGCGUAAAUAGACCUUUUGUUUUUUGUCUUGAUGGACAUUUGCAUUAUUUAUUUUUGCAUAAUUGAAUUUGCUUUGUGUUUCGAUAAAACCACCCCUGCUACGGUUUUUGUAGAGUCUAUUUAGAAUUUGAGUUAUAAGUCUAAAUUAAUUUUUUGAAUAAUUAUUUCAUUUUAAGAUUCCAAAUAUAUUUAAUUGUUGAAAGGAAAACAGAAAACAACUGCUCAGUUUGUGUCCGACAAUAAAUAAAGAUUGAUAGAAUGUGGCCAUAUAAUUUUCUGUUUUAAUGAUCUUCUAACAAUGAACAUGGUGAUCCCUGAACCACAAUAUCGAAUGAACACGUACGUACCAGUAACCCUGUUCUUUUGUGAAGGUACUGUUGUAUUACCAACCACUAAUUACAAUAUUCGACCACUAUUUCCAGCAUAAUUUCCUCUUAUUUAUAAAAAUUGUGAAAGUCUUAACAAAACCAUAUCUCUCAGGAUCAGGAACCAUAAAGAUAUGUUUCCUCUGAAUGUUUGAAUGGUAUUUGCCAAUCAAUGACUUCUAGACUCAGGAUGCAGGCUAUGUUACCAACUGAAAUAUUACAUUCAGACUCGUGAUUUUAACUCACACAGUAUCAAAACAUUUUAAAUGGUUGAAAAAAGUGUUUUGUUUAACACUCCAGGCUAAAUUCCCCUGCUGUCUGCUUUGGUAUAAAUACAUUAUGUAGCCUUUUGUCCAAAUAUUGGUGUAUAUUCAAUCCAAAAAGUAGAUAAAGAGCAAUCAAACAAACGUGUAUCCCAAAUAAGAACUUGUAUAAACUAAAAUCAGCAUUUUAUUGGUAAUUUGAAGCUCUUCAAAAAUGGAUGAAAAUGUUUGGAUGGUUCCUAUCGACAAGGGCCACAGCUGUAUUCAUCAGAGGCAUUUAGCAGUAGACAACGCCAACCACACUAUACUGUUCGUGUUUAUUGAGUUAAACUACCCAAGACACAGAGGAAAUGUAAUAUCAAUUUGAAUGGACUAGCAGGUUCUGUCCUACCCUUGCCUGUAUUACUGUAUUCACACUACAUGUACAGUAAAGUAUGCAUGUUCCUCCACCAAGUAUUUCCCAGAAUGCACUACAAAUCAACAGCAACUCUAUUCAUUCAAACCCAGAACUGUGAUUUAACAGUGGGCCUCCUUGUCACAUAGUAAUUUAUAAAUAAUGAAGUGUGUGUGUGUGUGUGUGUGUGUGUGUGUGUGUGUGUGUGUGUGUGUGUGUGUGUGUGUGUGUGUGUGUGUGUGUGUGUGUGUGUGUGCGCGGCUCGGGAGCGAAAAGGAGUGUAUUUAUAUGCUGUGUUUCUGUCUCUCUUUGCGUGUAUACUUAGGUUUUGAGUCAGAGGCAUCGGCGGAGCCUGCGUGUGAGAGUGUGUGUGUGGGAUGAGCCUCCUCCCCGUGUCCUCUCAGCAACUGUCUCCCUCCCCCCCCGUCCUCCCCACUCUUAUCAACCUUCAUGUCUUCUGCACACUGUUAGACUCUCAACAUAUAUGCAUGUGUGUGUGUGUGUAUCCCUCAGUGAGUAAGGCGAGUGGGCGGUAAGAGCAACUGGUCUGCCUGUGUGGCUCUGCAUACCAGAUAUGUUUCUCACUGCUCGAUAUUACUCAUUUCCUCAGUCCUUUACACACACACACACACACACACAAACACAUACGCACACACACAAACAGAGUGCGUGAGAGAGAGAUAGAGAGAGGGAGAGAGAGAGAGAGAGAGAGAGAGAGAGAGAGAGAGAGAGAGAGAGAGAGGGAGUGAGAAACAAAGAGAGACAGAGUCUGAAGCAGGUGCUUCCACACAUGCACUUUGGCAGCCAAACUUUACACACACACACACACACACACACACACACACACACACACACACACACACACACAAACAAACACAGUGCCGGCGCGCGUUCUCACUACUCCACAUCGCCCUGCUCGUGUUGUUCACACCCGGGCGGAUCAGAGGCACUCUUUGGGCUGGAGGCAGCCGUUACCUCCAGCGUGUCGUACCAGGUGCCCCAGGCUGGACGCAGCGGCCCUCGUGCGGUACCUGGGCUCACAGCCCCGCGGGCCGGUACCUGUGGCAGCAGCAGCAGCAGCUCUGGAGUAUGAACGGCCGAGAUGCUGGGACUAAGGUAAGAGGCCCUUCACGUCGCUGAGGAUCGAGCAGCGCUCCGAACCGGGAUGCGGCGCGGCGGCCCUCCCCUCUCUCCGCGCCCCUCCUUCUCCCGUGAGGCCCAUGUGACCUAGCCGACACCCUACACACACGGGGGCCCCCACCAUCGCUGGAGCCCAUCCAUGAAUCCCAGCCCCGACCGCGGCAAAGAGUGCCUCCCUCCCAAGAAGAGGGAGUCCCGGCAAGGAUCGGCGGAGCAGCACGCCCCCCCCGCCGACGAGUUCAAGCCGCCCGUUCCCGUGCGGAGCCGUCCCGGCGGGGCCCGAGGGGAGGGGGGCAGGGACCCCAGCGACGGCGGCGGCCGGCUGCUGACCAAACAGAACCGCCACGUCCUGACCUCCCCCCCGCCCUUACCCAUCCCCGCGCCCAGCGUCCCCCUGCCCCUGCCAUGGCACGUCCCGUACCCGUCCCCCUUACCCCUGUUCCCGGGGCACGUGGGGGAGAGGAGGGGGUCCGGCUCGCCCUCCUGGCGGGACGACCCUCUCUCCUCCCCGCUGUCCAACCAUUCCAGGUGGCUCCGGGGCGACGGCGCGCUGUCGCUGCAGGCGCCCCAGACCUCGGCCGCCUCCUCGCCGUCCUUUAAGACCCCCUACCCAAGCGACACCCGGGAGAUGUGGUCCUACUUCAACAGCGGCCAGCGGGACUACAGCUCGCCCCUGUUCCCCCCCCCCCAGCUGUUCAGCCACCCUCCGCUGUUCCCGCCCGACGCCGGCCUGGCCGACGCCCGGGACCGGUACCUGGUGAAGCGGCCCAACGGGCUGGACGGGCCGGGCAGCAGGACCGCCUCUACCGCCAGGCUGCCCCCCCUCUCAGGGGACUAUGUGAACGACAGGACCAGGAUCAACCUCAGUCCCCACGGGCCUCACGCCAACGGCGGCAGGAGGCAGCAGGAGGAGCUGUCGGGCCGCGCCCCGUCCGGGGGAGUGUUCUUCCCCAACUCCCUGCCUCAGGAGAGCCCCGAGAUACAUUCCUCGCUGCAGGACUCCAACCUGAUGCUGAAGACCAGCCCCGGGCUGUUCUCCGCCAGUCCCAACCACCUCGGGCCCGACCCGAGGGCGGAGAGGGGAGGCCUGCUGGAGGCCCUGGGCGUCCCCCCGGCGGAGGCCCAGAUCUACUACUCUCUGGGCUCUGUGCAGCAGAGCGGCCUCCAGCCUCAGGCCCAGGCCUUUCCCUUCUACACCCCCUCAGAGACGCCGCUGUACACCCCGCUCAAGGAGCCCGGCCUCAGGCAACACAGCAUGGGCAGCUCCCCUCUCUUCUCCCACCGCCUGCCCAGCAAUCACGACAGGUCACAGAAAGAGCAGGAGCCCGACCACGGGAGAGACAGAGAGCGAGAGUCCCUGUCCGCCCUCAGACAGAGGGAGCACAGCGCAGCCGAGAGCGAGAGGCUCGGGCAGAACGAGGCCGAGCGGGCGAGGGGCCACGACAAAGAACGAGAACGAGAGGGGAAAGACGCGGAGCGGGACGGAGAGCACGAGAGGCGGCGGACUCGGGACAGGAUCCGAGAGCGGGACAGAAACAGAGCGAGGGAGGGUCAUCAGGCCUCGACCCCUGCCACUCAGCCAUCCCCCCCUGCCUUCCUACCUCACUUCACUAAGGGUUCCCUUAUUGAGCUGGCCAGCGGGCGGCUGAAGCGCGUGGAGGAGCUUCGCACGGAGGACUUCCUGAGGAGCGCCGACGCCUCCCCAGAGUUUCACCUCAGCGCCUGCACCGUGCUACUCAUCGCCCCUGGCAACGCACAUGGCUUCAAUCACCUACAGGUUAACCUCAACGACCGCAACACUCAGGAGUUACUGAAAGUCUUGGAGGAGUAUCCCUUCUUUGUGCGCGACCGGGGUUGGUCGUCGUGCUGUCCGCCGCGCACCGCGCAGCUGUACGGCCUGCACUGCCGGCAGCUGGCCGAGGGGGACGUGUGCCUGGCCCUGACCCCCACGCCCGCCCCGCCCGCCCACCGGACACACGCCACCUCACGCCCCAGCUCCAGGGCCCACCGCAGCCACCCCUCUUCCAGCGCCGGUGGAGAGUCCAGCAGCAGCAGCAGCAGCAGUUCCCCUAGGGAGCAGAUGCCCCCUCCGCCCCCUCCUCCACCUCUCCUCCACCACCAACACCACCACCACCACCACCAGAACCAUCCGCCUCCCACUGUUCCGCCACUCCCUCCUCCUGCCCCCGCUGCACCGCCUGCCGCUCAGGUGCAGCAACAGCCACGCAAGAGGCGCUGGUCGGCCCCAGACGCCAUGAAACUGAUGGGAAGGGAUGAAAGCCUCCUGGAUUUACCUCAAGGCUCCAAGCAAAUGAAGUGGCAGUAGAGACUUGCAUAUGCAUACAUAAAGAUGCUUGCCUACAUGCACACAAGCAAACACACGCACUCACACACACACACACACACACCCUCCUUGUCUCUGUUGCACCCAACAAGACAUACAAUGGAGUGACCUCAAGGCAGGGUUGCAGGGAAGAAAAAGAAAAAAAAGACGAAAUUGAACAUUUGCAAUUUAUCGUUGUCGACACUGCUGCCCAAAGUAUAGACUCAGUCAGUCCCGUCGUAUCUAUUCCUAGGAAGUGAGCUUCUCUCUCCUUUCCCCUCUCUCUCUCCCACCCCUUCCCCUUCCCUUCCUGCCCUUUAGUUUGGUAGAGACCUGUAGGGCGCAGCAGUAGAGUACCGCGGGUGGGCUUCCCCCGAGACACACUGAGACAUUUAGUAAGACAAUCAAGCACUUGUCUGUGUUCACUGUUUUGUAAUGGAUGUCCCAAAUGCCUACUUACGGACAGUAUUUUCUGCAGGGUAUCGAUUUUCCGGCAGUGUUAUUAAAUACAGUAAAUGCUAUUGAAGAAGUGCAGAUAUAUAAAUGAAGAAAAAAAAGAAAUAUAUAUAAUAUAUAUAUAUAUAUAUAUAUAUAUAUUACAUUUCAAAUGUUAAAUACAGUAAAUAUGCUAAACGGUCAAUUUCGCAGUGCAUUCUCUGGUUUUAAUUUUCUUGCUUCUGAGCCUAUGUCUGUAUGUGGGUCCGGGCAGGCAAGGUGAAUGUAACGAGAAAAACUCGCCUUUUUGUAUCGCUCCCCACAGCGGGUCACGUCAAAGCCGUCUGUUCGCCAAGGCAUUACCCUCCAAUAUGUUCUUAACAUGAUCUCUUAGGGAAGAACACUAAUGAAAACGAGUCGCAUAACAAGACAAUCUCCCAGGGGCCACACCGCACAGUGAGGGCCUGCCUUGCCUCGAUGCCCCCCCCCCAACCAAGACCCCUUCCCCUUCCCCCCCUCCCCCCCACCCCACAUCCCCGUGUUUUUCCUUGGAAAUCCGAAUGAUGAAAGUUUGAGAAAGUACCACUUGGCUGAAGAGCACCGGUGCUAUUAACACGUUGGAAAGGAUGCUUUGUGAACACUCUUGACCCCUGUGUACUGUACGCUUCUGUUCCUCUCUCGGCUGUUUUUAUGUACUGUAUGUUCGAAGGCAGGGAAAACGAUGAAAGUAUUUUAAACUCAGAUACGGGUAUCUACUCUGAAUUAGCACACUUUCUCACUUUAGUUUUUUUUUUUUUAUUCUUAAAAAGAACAACACCUUACCUGUUGAUUUUUUUCUUUGUAAAUGUUAUAGCUAUAAAAUGUAUAUUUUUUAAAUGGUGAAUCUGUUAUAUGAUGUUCGCUAGAAUUAAAUAAAAAAUAGCUUUAUAGAUUU